AUGACCAUAAUCCGAGUGUCUAUGUUCAAGAUCCCGAAGGAAGAGGACAUCGAUUUCCUAUUGAGCCGAUACAAGACGCUUAGAAGCGAAGCCCGCAAGGACAGCGCCCCGUACAUCCUGUCCAUCGAGGCCGGGCGUGCCUUGCCGGACCAGCGUUCUCAGGGGUACACGUUGGUGGCCAAGACAAUGUUUCAUAUGGUGAAGCCAGAUACCUCACCCCAAGCCAUCUACGGCUAUACCUCCCUGAUGGCUCUGGGUAUCGGUUUCUUCAACCAAGCCGGCUAUAGUGUCCUCCAGGCCAAGGUGAAGCCAGAGGAGAUCCCGUGGGCGCUCGGGUUCAUGACGGGUUUUCAAUAA